AUGCAGACCCCACAGCGUGUCCAGACGGUGCUGCUCACUUUCGUCACGCUGUUCAUGGCCCUCCGUGUCUUUACGCGGUUGGGCCUUAUGAAGGCGCUUGCGCUUGAUGAUUACUUGAGUAUUGUCGCCUAUGUCGUGUAUCUCGCCCGCGCGAUUACCCUCUACGUCGGCCUACGCAGCGCGAGCCGACUCUCAAAUGCGUAUAGAGUCGUUAUAGCCAACUGGCUCAUGAUCCUCCUCUACGCGAUAGGAACGUGGCUAAUUAAACUCUCCUUCUCCGUGACCCUCUACCGAAUCGUGCGCAGCCGUGUACUCACAGUGACAAUCAUCGUCCUCGCACUCGCGACAACAAUUAUCACAAUCUUUGAAUUUUUCUGGACACUCUUCUUAUGCAACCCCAUUGAAAAGCUGUGGAAGGGCCCUGCUGUCGACGGGAGCUGUCAUUCGGGGACAACGUGGGGGAUUUCUCUGCUUGUUCAUGGGGGUGUUCUGCUGGUUGUUGAUCUUGCGUUGGGGAUUGUUGUUCCCGUUGCUGUGUUGCGCAAGCUGCAGAUGCGCACGCUGUUGAGAGUCUCCGUGGGCGUUACUAUUGCUGUCGGGUCGCUAGCAAGCCUCGCCACAAUCGCCCGAAUAUUCUACACCCACCGCCUCUUCGACAACCCCGCGGGCUCCUCCGAACCCCUCAACAUCUGGAUGGACGUCGAGAUCGCCGUGAACAUCAUCUGCACCGCCGCAAUCACGCUCAAGCCCCUCCUCCGAAAGACAGGCAUCCUCACGGCGUCGCUGCCGUCCGGGUACGGGACGCACCACUCGAUCCCGAUGCAUUUGGGGCGCGGGGGUACGGCUACCGGUCCAGGGGGUGCUGGGCGGGGUGGUGGUGGGGGGAUGCGGAUCCAGGUGGAGGAGGAGAUUGCGAUUUGGUCCGAGGCGCAGGCGGAGGGGGUUGUUGUUUUUGAGGAGAGGGAGGGGGGGAGCGGGUAUGGGAAGUUUUACGUGUAG